UUAGAGCGUGGGGGGUGUUUGAGUUGCCGCUGCUUGUGCCGGUGAAGAGGAAAUAAUCACAGUGUUGCUUCCUGAUGAAUUAUUAAGAAACCCCCCAGCCUCUUUUAACUUGAGCCAUAAUGCUGCAUUUUCAUCUGUGUCUAUAAAGCAAAGAAGAGGUUUGGUAUAUGUUUUUUUGUUGUUGUUGUUGUUUGUUUUCCUAGGUGUAUCACAGCUGGUAAGCAGGACUCGUAAGCGUGCUGAACAAGUGCUCAGAUGAGCAGUCCAAGCGCAGCACUACGAGCAUCAGCACUGAAGAGCUGGAACUGAGAGACAGAGGCAAUUCCCUCCACUGCACGCGACUGCAACGGCCGCCCUCGCUCUCGCUCUGCAUGCCUUUUUUUCCCUUCCUUUCUUUCUGGAGUUGAGAUCUUGUUCGUCAGAGCAACGGGAGUUAGUAGAAACUGGGGCUCCAAGCUUUUAUCCAAGCAUCCCAAACGCAGACCUGGCUGCCCACAUGCCGAUCGAAUUUGUUUGCAAAAUCAAAUUUGCAGAGGAGGAUGAGAAGCAAAAAGGCAACCAGGAUGGGGACAAAGAGAGCCUGAUCGAGGAGAGCUGCAGCCCCCCAGUCAAGGACCUGGCCGGCUUUGCCAGUACCAGCUCUCUCCAUGGAAUUAACCACAUCUUUGUGUCGGGCCGGCUGGGAGUCAGACAGACCCUCUGGGCUCUAGUGUUUCUGGUGUCCCUGGCUCUCUUUCUGUACCAGGCGGCAAAGUGUGCCAUCUCCUACCUGGAGCAUCCUCACAUCACUGCGCUGAACGAGGAGGCCACCCCGGAGAUGGUGUUCCCCGCCGUGACCAUCUGCAACAUCAACCGUUUCCGCUUUUCCGCUCUUACCGACGCCGACAUCUACCACCUGGCCAACCUGACCGGCUUGCCCCCGAAAAACAAGGACGGCCAUAAGCCCACCGAUUUGGAGUAUCCGGCACCGGACAUGCAGGACAUCUUUAACCGGACGGGUCACCAGCUGGAAGAGAUGCUGAAGAGCUGCAACUUCAGUGGGCAGAACUGCUCGGCUGGAAACUUUACAGUGGUCUACACAAGAUAUGGGAAAUGCUAUACUUUCAAUGGCAACAAAACAACCUCCAGGAAGACAAAACAAGGAGGAAUGGGAAACGGGCUGGAGAUUAUGUUGGAUAUCCAGCAGGAUGAAUAUCUGCCUAUCUGGAAAGAGACAAAUGAAACAUCUUUAGAGGCAGGAAUCCGUGUUCAGAUCCACAGUCAAGAUGAGCCACCCUACAUCCAUCAGCUAGGCUUUGGAGUCUCUCCGGGAUUCCAGACCUUUGUAUCCUGUCAAGAGCAAAGGUUGACCUACCUGCCCCAGCCUUGGGGGAACUGCCGCUCCACCAGUGAGCAGAUGAUCCCGGGUUACGAUACCUACAGUAUCAGCGCCUGCCGCCUGCGCUGCGAGACUCUUGAGGUUCUGCGUGAGUGCAACUGCAGGAUGGUGCACAUGCCGGGAGAUGCCGAUAUCUGUACUCCCAGCAAUAUCAAAUGUGUGGACAAAGCACUUGCACUGCUUCAGAAAAGUUCAGGUGACACAUGCUCCUGUGAAACUCCCUGUAAUCUGACCCGUUAUGGUAAAGAGCUGUCCAUGGUUAAAAUCCCCAGCAAGGGCUCGGCUCGCUACCUAUCUAGAAAAUAUGACAAGUCCGAAGAAUACAUCAGAGACAACUUUCUUGUUUUGGACAUCUUCUUCGAAGCUCUAAAUUAUGAAACAAUAGAACAGAAAAAAGCGUAUGACGUUGCAGGAUUAUUAGGGGACAUUGGCGGGCAGAUGGGUCUUUUUAUAGGAGCCAGCGUUCUUACCAUUUUGGAGAUUCUGGAUUAUGUAUAUGAGGUGAUCAAACACAGGUUGGAGCGUUUGCUGAGGCCACAGAGAGAUGACAAAAAGCAAACCCAGCAGCAGCAACAGGCCAGCACAGUCGCCACAGUAAACCUAGAGGAAAUGAAAGCUAAGGAUUCUGAUGAGAUGAGCCGGAGCCACUCGGAGGGAGCUUAUGCUAACACCAUCCUCCCAAAUCACCAUCACCACCACCCUUAUGCUAACACCAUCCUCCCAAAUCACCAUCACCACCACCGUACCCACCACCGAGUGUUCGAAGACUUUGCCUGCUAGGCCGACAGGUCUAGUGCUGUUGACGUCUGCAGAAAGAGUGCUCUCAGUGCUGAAGGUGGGCUCAGUGAAGGACCCUUAGAACUCAGCACUAAUCUCUCUCGCUGUCACCAGUUAAAGCUACAGCCAAAGUCGAACUCUAAACCCUCGCUUCGAACCCAACACAGGCAUGGAUCGGACAUUACGGUCCAGCAGGAGACUCUCUGAAAUCCUGUCCUUUUCCCCCAUCAUCUCGCAGGAAAUGACAUCAGUGGAAACUCUACGAUUUCUACACUGAAAACCUUGGUAUUGGGCCUCUACUAUAUCAAGGCAUAGACUGCAUGACAUCUAGAGCCACUUUAUACUACAUAUCCUGUUUGAAGCAUUACAUUCUUACUUUAUAUUUUGUCAGCUGUUAGUUUUAUUUGGUGAAUUCUUAUCCUGUGAAAUAUUAUCAUUCAGAUUAAUCUACAAAUGUAAAUUAUGUAUUUGAUCAUGGCUAUCAACCCUUAGGACCCAGAGGGUAGAGAAAUAUCUUAAUUCGGGUUUUUCACAGAAAUCAUGGAGGAUGGUGUAGAAUAGUUUGUGUUUCAGAAAAGUAAUUUGUAUCCAUCUCUAUUGGAUAUGUUUGGUAAAUGUUUCCUUUAUCUCAAAUGGUUUAACUUAAAGUAUAUUGAAUAAUCCACAUAUUUUGUAAUGUUAUUUAUAGAGAUGUAAUGUGUGAGUGGUAAUGGGUGUCAUUAGCAGUAAUAACAUAAUCUUCUUGUGAGGUUACUUCCAUUGGAGAACCAAACGAUGCGAACAGUAAGCCCGCCAGACUACCAGAACCAGAGGAAGCCUCUACGGGUAACCAUAUGGAAAAGGUUGGUUUCAUCCAUCCAUCAGCUGAUGGAUUCACUCCCCCAGACCUCCCAAAAGUAUUUAAUAAAACAGACCUUAUGUUCCUAGUUUCACUUUUGAAUGAGAAGGAGUGCAACAGUCCCAUAGAGAAUGAUAAACCGGGUUUGCUCAGCAUACUUGCAAACUAUGAGUAAUCUGAUGCACCGCAGCAGUGUAUGGCUAGAUGUUUAAAAGUCGGUCGAUGAGUUUUUCUCAGGGUUCUUAGCUGUGAAAUGUCUCGCGGUCUCUUUGACUAAAGGCCAGAUGUGCAAAGCAUUUCAAUCAGAAACCACCGACUUUUCUGUGUGUGAAAUUCAGCAAGCACAAUUCAUAGACUAAAAACGUUUCUAUAUUUGUGGUUACAGAUAUGGCUCUAAUAACUGUAGCACCUCUGAUAUAUAUAUUUUUUCUCUUAUAAUCUGACAUUUCAGGAACGUUUCUUCUCUGAUUAUUAUUGGGUUAAUUAUUUCUAACUUAAUGUGUGUAAGACUUGUGCUAUUAAAAUAAGCAGAAUUAUAUGUAAUUUUCUCCUGCACAUUUGUUAAGUAUUUUUAUUUUAUUUUCCCACAUUCAGAAAUAGGGCACCACAUAUGUCGUAUAUGUGACAGAGCUGUAUAUCCUCCAUGGAUCAAUUUCUCUGUUGGGUAGAUCCCAUCAGCGAGAGAGAGAUUCUGUAUCAUUAUUUUCAUGUUUUGCAGAAUGCAUUUUAUAGUUGGAUGUCAUAUCCAAAACAUGCAGCACAUAUCCAUCUAUAUAAUAGUAAUCAUGGGUAAUAUGGGCUUUUAAUAUCAGAGUAGCAUUUUUAAAGGUUCCCAGUAAGAGUCUUGAUGGCACACUGUGUCAGUUAUGCAUAAUAAUACAGUUUACAGUCAUAAAUAACUCUGCUGUCAGCAGUGAGACCAGACGAGUUGGCAUACCAGUGCAUGUCCAAGAUUUGAUUUAGCAUUAUCUGUCAACCUCAUGCGCUUGUCCAGUUGUAAAUUUCUGCAUUUGUAGCCUAUCUUACCUGUGCAGAAGGAAUUGCCCAAAUGUUGAAAUGCAAUUGCCUGUAAACAAGGUCUUUUUUUUUUUUUUUUAAAGGGACUAUCUUUUAUGAUCAUUGCUAUUAGGGUGGAAACUGUUUUCUGUGGAGUAAUUUUAGAAGGUGUUGUUGUGCAAUCCGGCAGGCAGAUCCGCAUCAGAAAGAAGAUGCUUGCACGCCAAUUAGACAUUUCUCCAAAGUGAGGUCAAUGUUGAGGUCAAUGUUGUUACACAGUUGUUAAGCAAUUAACACAGUUAUCUUUUCCUAAA